UAUAAAUUUUCAUUUGGUCACACUGGUAUUCGCGGUUCGGUUGGGAAAACAGUGAAAACUGAAAACGGCGUUUUCCUUCGUCUGGCUCUCAGCGCGAAGAAGAAAAAAGAAAAUUCCGUUUGCGGAGGUCGCGUCGCGCGCGCUUAGCAGUUUUUCCGAAAUAAAAACUAACGACGCGGACAAGAAAACAUCAGAAGGUGUUUUGCGAGUGCGUGAGUGAGAAAACGCGACAGAAAUAUAGCCAUGGCGAGUGUUUUUUUAUAAGCAAGAAUUUCCACGACACCAAAUCGUCAAUGAAGCUAAGAAAUUGUCUUUUAAUUUGGUAUAAAUUGUAUUUGUCUUGAAAUAAUUAAUAUUACUGUAAAUAUAUCUAUUCUACGUAUCGAGUUUUACGCGGAAAGUUGAAAAUAAUGAAAAUAUAAGCAUACAUAAUAAGUUAAAUAGAAUUUUGCAAGAGAUCCCUCGAAAUUCGUCAGUGAAAUCGUUGCAUUUUCUUGUACAAACAACACGUGUAGUUUGUAAGAAGCCGGAACCAAGCGAAACGGAAGGAAAACGGAGCGGAACGCAAAUAAAUGAAGAAACUCAAAUGACAGCCAACUGAGUGCAAGGACGAGAGCAGACCACGCCGGAGCGGGAUAGCGUGCGCCAAUGAAAACGUCCCAACAGACGAGAGCGUCCGAUUUCGUUGACUACGCCGACGUUGCCGGAGGAGGAGUUGGAGUUGGGCUUCCAGGAUCAGCAUCAGCAGGUUCGGUAGCGCGAUCGGUAUCGGGUUUCGGUGCGAUACUAGGAGCGGGACUGUCGGCUAGAGCGGUGUCCUUCUACGGCUGUGAUCUAACGGUAACGGCAUCCGCGGACGGUUCGCGUCAUCAGCAGCAGCAGCAGCAACUCCUGCAGCGGCAACUUGCAACAUCAUCGGAAGCGUCCGCAAAAAGCAAGCGAAAGCGUCAAACAGAUUGCGAUUGCGGCUGCGUAGACUCGUACAAUUCCAGCCACGGCCCGCAGGACUCGUCAACAGCAGCAGCGGCAGCGGGAGCGGGAUCUGGAGGAUCGAGAGCUGGAGUGGGAACGGAAGCGGGAGCGGGCUCAGGACCAGACGCAAUCAGCUUCAAGACGGCGCACACAAAGGUCGCCACCUCGGGGGGCCAUGCCAACACGCAGCCCCCCAGCAAGAGGUCCAGCAGUGGAGCAGAUGGCGACUAUCAGCUGGUGCAGCACGAGGUCCUUUACUCCCUUUCGGCGGAGUAUGAGGUGCUGGAGUUCUUGGGACGCGGCACCUUUGGCCAGGUGGUCAAGUGCUGGAAACGCGGCACCUCCGAAAUCGUGGCCAUCAAGAUCCUGAAGAAUCAUCCCUCGUAUGCGCGCCAAGGCCAGAUCGAGGUCUCGAUCCUCUCGCGGCUCAGCCAGGAAAAUGCCGACGAGUUCAACUUUGUGCGGGCCUUCGAGUGUUUCCAGCACAAGAAUCACACCUGCUUGGUUUUUGAGAUGCUCGAGCAGAACCUCUAUGACUUUCUCAAGCAGAACAAGUUCUCGCCGCUGCCCCUCAAGUACAUAAGGCCCAUCCUGGAGCAGGUAUUGACGGCCCUGUUGAAGCUGAAGCAACUGGGCCUGAUCCAUGCCGAUCUGAAGCCGGAGAACAUCAUGCUGGUUGACCCAGUGCGUCAACCGUACCGCGUCAAGGUGAUUGACUUUGGCAGCGCCUCCCAUGUCAGUAAGACGGUCUGCAACACGUACCUGCAGUCGCGCUACUACCGCGCCCCCGAAAUCAUCCUGGGCCUGCCCUUCUGCGAGGCCAUCGACAUGUGGUCGCUGGGCUGUGUGGUGGCGGAACUCUUCCUCGGCUGGCCCCUGUACCCGGGCAGCUCGGAGUUCGACCAGAUCCGCUACAUCUCGCAGACGCAGGGCUUGCCCACGGAGCACAUGCUGAACAGCGCCUCCAAGACGUCCAAGUUCUUUUACCGCGACGUCGACUCCACGUAUCCCUUCUGGCGGUUGAAGACCACCGAGGAGCACGAGGCGGAGACGAAUACGAAAAGCAAGGAGGCGCGCAAGUACAUCUUCAACUGUCUGGAUGACAUUGGUCAGGUGAAUGUGCCCACGGAUCUGGAGGGUGGUCAGCUGCUGGCGGAGAAGACAGACCGAAGGGAGUUCAUUGAUCUGCUGAAGCGCAUGCUGACCAUUGACCAAGAGCGCCGCCUGACGCCCGCCGAGGCGCUGAAUCACUCGUUCACGCGCCUGACCCACCUGGUGGACUAUGUGUACUGCAACAAUGUCAAGGCCUCGGUCCAGAUGAUGGAGGUGUGCCGGCGGGGCGAUUUCCACACAGUCCAGCCUGCCUCGACGCUGGUGACCAACUUUGUGCCCUCGAGCACCGAGAACAUGACCUUCACCAUCAACAACCAGCUGACCAGCCAGGUGCAGCGCCUCGUCCGCGACGGCCGGCCCUUGGCCUACGAGGGCCUGUACCAGAUCUACAACGGACGCAGCGUGGCCAGGCAGUACCCGCAGGCGCGGACGGACAGCUUCCAGCACCAGCUGGUGUCGAACAUUCUAUGCCCGCCCUCCUACCAGGCCAUGCCCAGUCCCACCAAGCAUGUGGUUGUGGGCAGUGCCACCAUGCAGCCACCGUUGCAGGUACCGCCGCAGCAGUAUGUCAAUGUCCCGGUGCCGGUGUCCAUGGUGGAGCCCACCUCGGGUCAGCGGAUGUUGCUGACCAACCGGGUGCAGGCCAGCGGUGUGGCCUGGCCGCAGACCGGCAGGCAAAUGGCCUUGGUGCCGUCGUGGCCACAGCAGGCGCCCGCCCACUCGCUCAUCGUGGAUUCGACGCCGCUGUUCAACGUGGAGGAGAUCUAUCCGAAGCACCACCUCAACUUGCCACGCAACGAUCUCAAGAAGGAGUCGCCGGCUCACCAUCUAGCCAAGGGCAACUCAUAUCGUGCGCCGCGGCACGAGAAGAAGGAGCACCAGCAACUGUCGCCGGUGAAAAAGCGGGUGAAGGAGAGCUCGCCGCCGCAUCAGCAGCGCUACCAACGCACCGCCCACGUCUCGCCGCAGUACCAUGCGCACCACAAUUGCAGUUAUGGCAACGGGGGAGGAGGAGGAGGUGGUGGUGGCUACAGCGCCAGCGCGGGAUCGGUGGUGGCCUCCUCGGCAGCCUCCGCCAGCAACAUUGUCAACGUUGGCUCUUCGAGCUCACACCAUCACCAUGCACCGGUGGCCCAUGCCCAGCCCAGCUACAGCAGCUCCUCCUCGUCGGCCCAUCACAUUGUGAGCAACUGCAACGCCAACGGAGGCUAUCCACAGCCGCCGGCCCACGCCCACCAGCAGCAUCCGCAUGCAGCGCAGCCCCAUCCCCAGCAGAAUCCCAGCCAGCAUCCGCAGCAACAGUUGCCGCUGCCGCAGCAUGUAAAGCAGCCGACGAUCACCAUUCACGACACGCCCUCGCCCACGGCCGUGAUUACGAUCUCCGACAGCGAGGACGAGGGCGGUGAUGGUCUGGGAGUGGGAGGAGUGGGCCAGGUGCCGGUGGUCAAGCAGAGGGCGCAUGCCCAGUCGCAGACGAGCAGCAGUUUGCUGCAGCAGCAGCAGCACGCGCCCAGCUCUAACUCCUCGUGCAGCAGGAGCAGCGCCCACCAGCAGACGCAACAUCCGCAGCAUCAGCAGCAGCAGCAGCAGAUAACUUAUGGUAAUGCCCAGACCCAGAGCCACCAGAGCCACCUGGGAGCCAGCAGCACGGGUAGCCAGCAUAGCAGUAGCCAUAGCAGUAACAGUAGCCACAGUAGCAGUAGUCACCACCACCACCACCACCCUCAUCAUCUGAAUCCGUCUCAUCCGAAUCCGCCUCAUCAGCCAGCGAGUGGAAGUGGAAUAGGAUUGGGAACGGGAGCGGGAGCGGGAACGGGAGCGGGAACUGGCACGGGAUCGGCAGCGGGAACGGGAACGCAGCUUCAGCAACAGCUCCAGCCACAGUCGCAGCCGCAGCCUCAUACUCAGCCGGCGACGCAUCCUCAUUACCAUGCCACGUCCACGUCCUCCUCCUCAUCCACUUCUGCUUCCACUUCCAGUCACCAUCAGCAUCAGCAUCACCCCCAUCACCCAACCCCUUCCUCCUCCAUGUCCUCAUCCUCUCAGUAUGGCGCCCCCGUCCCUGUCCCUGUCCUCUGCCCCAGUCUCUCCUCCCAAUCUCAGUCGCAUCUCAGUCGCCAUAAGCAAUCGCAGCACGUGCAGCUAGUAAUUCCAUGCGUAACCGUAGGUGACCACGAUCCGGAGGAUGCUCGCCGUCGUCAUCAUGCCGCCGCCGCAGCCGCCGUGGGAAGCCCCAAGCAUCAUCAUACGCAUCACCAGCACCAGCCGGCCUUGCAGCAACCUGCUCCUCCGCCGCAACAGCAGCAGCAACAUCAGUAUCAGCCGCAGCAGCAGCAGCCUCCACCCCAGCAGGUGCAGCCCAGCAUUAAGUACGAGCCCGGUCAGUCGCAGAAGAAGCGCAUCCUGGCCAUGGCCCAGAGCGAGUGUGGCUACCAGCCGCAGGUGCCCAGCCAGCCGCCGUCCUCCGCCAGCUUGCCGCACAUUCCCACAAAGCAGGAGCCGGCCGAGUUUUAUCCAGAUUACGCAGCGGCCGCUCCUCCGCCGCCACAGCAACAGCAGCAGCAGCUGGACACGAAGCGCUCGUCCUGGGCGCCCACCUCCUCGGCGGCUCCGCCUUUAGCCCAUCCGAAAAGAGAGGCCCCAUCGGCGGCACCCAUCAGCUAUGUGGCCCCGUCGGUGGCCCCACCGCUGGCCCACUCCAAGAGCAGCUCCGCCUCAUCUUCGUCGUCGAUCAGUGCGGCGGCUGCAGCAGCGGCUGCUGCAGCUGCGGCAGCAGCGGCCAGCGUGGGUCCACCUUCGUGGGGUGCUCCGCAAGUCUACCGGCAGCCAUCGCAACCGCCGCCAGGCAGCGUGGCGCUAAGCGUGGGAGUUCAGCCGCCGCCAGUGGCUCCGCAUCCGCACCACACGCACAGUCACAGCGGCCAUCAUCAUCACCAGGCGGGCACACCGUUGGGCGGAUCGCCGUCCUCGACAGCGGCGGCUGCCCUGCUGCAGCCGGAUAUCUACGGCCAGGGCGACAUUUAUCGCCGGCCCACGGUCUUUGUGUCGCAGGCGGCGCCCAGCUAUGCGUACACCAAUCGGGCAGUGGUGGCCCCACCGCCGGCUCACAACAGCUCCAGUCGUCAGGUGAUACCAUCGCACCCGCUACCGGCGCACAUCCAGAUACCCACCCAGUACAGCCAGUUUGGACCGCUCAGUCCUGCCCAGGUAGCAGCCAGCAAGCACGCGGCGCACUUUGCGCCCACCAACAUAUGGUAUGGGGCUGAGUAGGCUGUGACCGAAGUGGGAGAGAGAGAAGGGGCGACGGGACGAGAGGAGAACCAAGAACCAGAACCAGAACCACCCAAGCACACGCACCACACCACCACCACCCACCAGUUCCCAGUUGUUCUAAUCUUGAGCUAGAGCUAGAGAGCCCGGGUGACUGAUUCAACGCUCGAGUUUUUCUUUUUCCUACUCUCUGCCUUCACAGAUCGUUUGUGGCCUCGGCCGAGGGAGUUGACCCGCCACCAGAGCACAGCCAAGAAUUGCAGCAGCAGCUCCAACUGACCCAGUGCUGGUGGUUUAUGCUGCUCAUGCAGCAAACCAUCAUCCACAACACCAGUAUGCUGAGCAGCGACACUGCAACAGCAGCAGGAGCAGCCACAGCAGCCACAUCCUCCUCCACCUGCUCCUCCUCCGGAAGCAACCUUAAGCAGAACCCCAACCCCCCAUAGAGUGCACUCGUCCCGCCAGUUCUCAGUUAGUUUUGUCUUUAUUUUUUGCCGAGAAAUCUUGUUUCGUUGGAUUUCUCAGUAACUCACUCGUCUACACGACUAUUAAUUUUAUUAUCUUUUUUUUUUAUAAAUAAUAUUAAUAAAUGUACAGCGCUCUUACACGCAGCUGGGUGUAAAGUGCUCGGCCUAAAGAUUUUGUAAUGUGUGUGUAAAACUAGGCACAUACACACACACACACCUAGCUUCACUUUCUAUAUAUUGUAUGUGCUAAUCUAGAGGCAUAUAUUCGAGUUGUCUUUCAGGCGUUUCAUCUUAAAAUGUGUGUUGUGUGUACUUUUAUUGAUAACUUGUGCAUAAUAUUCUCGAUAUACCACACACACAUAUAUAUAUCAUACAUGCAUAUAUGUAAUACUUACUAUUAUUAAACACUAUAUAUCAAAAGAAGAGAAAACCUAACGCUAACAAGUAAGAGAAAGCUUUGAAAUUCCGUAGACUUGGCAAGUACCUCAGAGAAUCGAAAGAAUCAAUAGAAAAUCGAUUGCAAAGUGUAAGAAGUGAUGGAAAAGAUCGAAAUAAUCGAUACGAAAUUGAUAAAUGUAUUGACAUCAACAAACCAGAAAAAGUAAACAAGAAUGUAAUGCCUUUUACACAAAACAAAAUGAGAACGAAAAAAUUACAAAGUGGAGAUACGGAGAUAAAGAUGAAGAUGAAGAUAAAGAGUUAAGAAGAAAGUGAGAUAGUGAGAAAGAAGUCGUAGAAAACCACAAAAACAAAUUGAAUACCGCAAAAACCUUACUAGCAACCAACAAAAAGCAAAUAAUAAUAGGUAAAAAACACACCCUAGGAGAUAUCAACAGAGUAACAAAGUAAAGCUAAACCUAACCAUUACAUAGUUCGUAGCUCAUAGAUAUAUACAAAAUAUAUAUAUAUAUAUAUAUAGAAAGGGAGAUCCCAGAGGAAGCAUCGUCAACGUUUUUUACACACUCGUAACCCACACCACACACUCAUAGGAAUAACCGCGAAAACAAAUACAAAAUAUAAAAAAUAAAGAAUACAAACUACAAUUAACAAAUGACGAUUCUAAAUUACGUUAACGAGCAACAAACAAAUAAUUAUAGGAAAAAACCUGUACAUAUAUGCAUGGAUAUUGCAUAAAUAUUGAUACUAGAGUGGAGAGCAUAGUCCUCGAUAGGAGGAGAGGACGAGAAGAGUUUCCCAACUGCUUGGUCAGUCGGCAGUUGUAGUUUUUAGAUCCCCACACAUAAUCGUUUCUUUGUCUUUUAGUUAGGCUUUCGAGUCAAGGGAGACGCUUGGGAAAGUUUACUAAAGUACAAAAACCAAAAAUCAAAAAUAAGAAAGCAAUCUAGCAGUAACACGGCAACAGAAAACCUUUUAAACUUUUACACAUUUCCCCUUCUCGAUUACAACAAACAAAAGCCUUUAAUUAAUUAAUUAAUAAAUCCCUGGCCGUUGCUUUUUGUGUGUAAAUAUAGAAUGCAAUUUGGAUAUGUACAAACCUGGCUUACUUUACACACACGCCCCUUACAUCCUAUACCUAAUAUAUAUAUAUAAACUAAAUCUUGUUAAAUAGGUUUCCUAAAGUAUUUCGUAGUUAGUCUUAAACUUGAACUUGUCGCUGCAACUAAUUUCUUUCGUUCCCUUAGAGGGUGGCACUUCCUAAACUAAAAAAAGAAAAACAAAAACCAGAUACUGAUACUGAUGAUACGGCAGAGGAGUUCUAUAUAGAGUACCCACACGUGGACAGGAUCAUAGCAUAUAAUUAUUGUGAUGUAGUUUUAACAAGCGAAGGGAAAGCGUUUUUUGUCAGAUUAGAAAUUACCUAAAACUAUAAUUAAAUAAAUAUAUACAUAAAGCUAACCAAUUGCGAUACUGGCAUCUAAAUACGUUACUAAAAAGCAGUUUUUUUUAACAUCAACAUAAACAUAACUUUUUAACAAAAGAAUGGAUAGGGAAAAUCCCCAAUUUUUGUAGAAGGAACAACCAGAAAAGAAAGGAAAAGAAAUGAAAAAAAAAUUUGGAAAGGAAAAGCAUUAGACGUAAUUAAGAAAACGUUAGUGUUGUGAAUAUAUACGAGUAAAACAAGCAAACAAACAAGCUAUAGCUAGAGCUAGAGCUAGAUCUAGGUGUGGUUCGAGUACAUUUAUAUUAUAAAUAUAUAUUUUUUGUGUAUAAACAAUAAAAACGGCAAGCAGCAACAAUUAACAGCAGAUUAACAUCGCCAGAUUUAAGGAUUCUUGUUUAAACUCGGUCUAGAUAAUAGAAAAUAGACGUAGAUGUUCGAUUUUUUUAUAGAAAUUUUAUGGACCAUUCAACUAAAGUAUAUACUAAAAAUAAGCAUGGAUAUUUUGAAUAAAAACAAUUGUGUCAGCGGAAAUGAGUUCUUCAGUCUGUGUUUCCGGUUUGUCUUUUUUUGCAAAGUUUCAAUUAUAUAUAAAAAUGUAUACAAAUAAAUGUACAUGUCUUAAUGCUAAACUUUUCUUCACUUUCUAACGAAGCGAGAAAGCAAAACAAGAAUAAACGAAAGGAAGCAAAAAAAAGAAGGAAAAAAACAAAUCAAGAACGCUUUAAAUGUAACAAAAACGAAACGUUAAUAGACUUAUGACAAACAACAAAUUAAAUUUAUAUUAAACAAAUUACAUUUAUAUAUUUAAAGAAAAGCAAAACAACAACAAAUUACAACUUAUAUUAAAAAACAAAAAGCAACUCGCACUCAAUACGUCGGAGGGAGCGCUAGAGAUCCACACAAAACACUCAAAUAUACGUAUAUAUUUAAAGGAGAAAAACGUUUUAACUGUGUAGCCUUAAUAUUUGUACUCGUCGUCCUAUCGAUUUCCAAAAAAAAAACAAAAACAAAUCAUAAUUAUGAUAAAUACGAUACGAUAACAAUAAGUAGAGCCACAGCUAAUGCUGAUGAUGAUCGGUGUUUGCUACCAUAUAUAUAUAUAUUUUCAGUGUACUUCGGAUGAUUUGCCUUUACUUUUCUAUUUUUUAACACCCCUAGUUUUACCAUUUACACUUACUCUUCAUUUACCUUCGUGUUUUCCCCUUUUUUAAUUGUAAAACAACAUUAUGUAUAACGGAACACAACAUAAAUCAUAUGAAUAUUGCCUACUAUUACCAAGAUUUAUAAAUACAUAUAUGCUUAUAUUUACUUAUGUCCUACAACAAAUAUAUAUUAUAAACAGAUAUAUCGUAA